AUGACCAAGCCAACUCCCAAGACUUCCAAGGCUUCUAUUCAAACCGCUACAUUCAAAGCGCAAAAGAGUUCUUCUCAAAGACUCACAAAAGCUGAACAAGUAGAACUUCGUCGUCUUUCGGCUUUAUUACCUGCUACAUCAGCCACCAAGAAUCCAGCUGAUAUGCUUUUCAAUGCUGUUGACUAUAUUCAAAAGCUUGAAGCUACAAUUAUUGCUCGUGUCAAGAGUGGAUCUUUACCUCAAGAAAUGCUGAACUCCCUACCUGCCGCUACUGUAUCAAACCACCGACAAACAACGCGUCGACUGAAGAAGAGAAAGAGCAUCGAGAAGAAGCGCUAA